CUGGGACGGCUACGCACGCAUUACAAAAAAAGUUCGUGGUAAUGAAAUGAGAACAACAAAACAUGCGCAAUGUGCGUGGCGUGAAGCGCAUUGUGUGUUGAUCUUGAUUGCACAAUAUCAAAAUAACUUUUUUUCGUUAGAUUUCUAAAUACUGCCUGAUCCAUGAUUCGUUUACACGUUUACUAUUCAUUCGAUACGUGCGUAGCCGCCGAGACCUUUCAUUAGCUCGUAAUGCGAUCGCGUGUUUGUAAUUUGACAGCUGAUGUUGAUUAUGCUCAGCUGAUGAAUGUCAAUUUUGUUUUGACGUUUGCUGUUGAUCCAGUGUGUGUUUGAGGCAGUGAACAAUGAUAAUGCUGAUGACGCAUCGAUGUUUAUGCGAAAACAUAAUUGCUUGAUUUUGCGUCUUUGUGUUUGGUAAUCUUGAUGUAGUGAGAAGUAAAUUUGGAAGUUAUUUAAAUUAGUACCAGAGGUCAGCACACUGGCCGAAUUUGACAACCGACAGUGUUAAAUUAGAAAAAAAAGAAUAAAAAUGUUCGGGAAGUAUUCCUCGGAAUAGGCGCCCGGAAGCCUCCAUGUUGGAGAAAGCUAGCAAUUUUCGAAAAUGUGGUGUUAGGAAUGCAAAUGGUAUAAAUGCGUGACAAGCAUAAAUACGAUGGGUAACUGCUUGAAACGGUCAACAACUGAUGAUAUUUCGUUGUUGAGAGGCAGCGACAGCGUCCGCGAAUCGUCCUCAGACCAGCUGGGGCCUCCCAAUUACCAGGAAACACUCCCUAUCCAAGCCGCCUCCCCCGUCUACCAUCCAUCGCCCAGCGUGACGCGGUCAGUGGCGCAGCUGACUGAAGAGGAGCAAGUGAAGAUCGCUAAACGCAUUGGGCUUAUUCAGCACCUGCCCACGGGCAUGUAUGACGGGUGCAAGAAGGCCAGGGAGUGUGUGAUCUGCAUGGUCGAGUUUCUCGUAGGCGAUGCCCUGCGCUACCUCCCCUGCAUGCACACUUACCACAUGAGUUGCAUUGAUGAUUGGCUUAUGCGCAGCUUGACAUGCCCGAGCUGUAUGGAGCCUGUCGACGCUGCUCUGCUCACCAGUUACGAGACCAAUUGACAGCCAGUGCCUUGCAACUGAUAGUGAAACACUGUGAUCUGAACUGUCUAUGAACGGGCGUGAAUGGAGUGUGGCUGUGAAACUCAUUCAGCUAGUAACAGCUAUAGAUGUAGCUAUUACUUAGCUAGAUGAGAUGACUGUGUAUAUAGAUAUAGAUAGCGGUCUGUUUAUUUUAAGUUUACUUGGUUUUAAGUGGUGAUAGUCUGAUUGAAUCUAUUAUUCUACCACUGUAGGUUAUGCUAGAGCAAGCAAAGGCCAAACGUCGUUCACCAUUUUUCUUUAAAUGCAUAGAUGUAUCUUACAUAAAUUAAUAUGGUUAGAAUAGACAUACAGGUUAUAAAAUGGAAGGGUUCAUAUUUUAAAGGCAAGUUUUAGACAGAAUAGAUUUAAUAAUUAAGUACCUAAGAAUUGUCAAAAAUUUUACCGUAAGUCUUAAAUACAUUUUAAACUAACAUCACGCAAUGGUGAUACAUAGAAAGAUUAGAAGUAAUUGUAAGGAUUUUUAAAAUGCAUUUUCUUUUAUUUAACAGCAGCAAAGGGGCGUCAUUAACAAACACUUAAGAUUUCAACUUUCUAGGUUAUUAUGAAUGACGUCACAUUGAAGUUUGACAGUCAAAAAAGUGCUUAAUUUGAGCGUGUUCAAAUAAGGUGGUGAACCGAUUUAGCUUGCCGUUCUAUGUAAAGCAAGUUCUACAAGUAAAUAAAUUGACAGGUGAUUUUAAAUAUGGUUGUAAAAAUGUUCGUUGAUCGGUAACAUUCUUCAACUUUUGAAUGUUGUUUGGCCGAAAAGUUAAAAUGGCGGGCUUAGUUUUAACCAGAUGAAUCUCACUACCUGUCGAUUUAUGUGCUGUCCAUAAUAACGUUUUGUGAUACUAACAGAUCACCACAUUCCCAACACUUUCAGAUUUUCAUUACUUAAAACUUGAGCGGAAGUACGUCCAGUUCAUAAUCUCGUAUUAUUUCUAAAUAAGUGAUAUAUCAGUAGCUUGUUCAAUGCAAUCUACUCUAAUAGCAUAUAUAAUAAGCAUAUUAGUUUCUUGAUCGCUGUUAUAUGUUUUAUUUUGACAAAAUUUUAAUAUUCGACUUAGGAACAUACAAAUUUUAUACAAUAUUGUAUAGAAUUCUCGAAGUGAUAGCUAUUACAUACAUAUAUUGGUUACGUUGGUGUGCUGUGCUUACAAUUGAGUUACAAUAAAUAUUGGAGGUGUUGUAUUUAAGUUAUAUGCAGUUAAUUCAAUUAUUACCUAGAAGAAUGUUUUUGUCAACAAAAUCAAAUAUUGUUCAGAAACCUUUGUUCUUUAUUAAUAAUAAAUAUGAAAAUGUGA